AUGGCUCUGAAACGCAAGUUCGACUACGAUGCUGAGUCGGUCGAUAUGCCCAUGAACAUGAAGCAGCCUAAGCUCAUUCCCUUCCCCAACGCCGAGCCAGACACCGACGUCGUUAUGUCGGAUGCACCUACGUAUAACCUUGAGCCUCUCCUCAUCCCCAUCCAGCCCUUCCAUACACGCCUUCCCUCUAACGCCAGCUACUCAUCAUCGAGCUCGUCGGGCUCUCCUCAAAACUCUCCGUUCUAUCCGUCGUUCGAUCUCUAUCCCCACGAUGACCCCGGUUACGUCGGCAACCAAAACCCGUUCGAUGCUCCCGUUCACGAGGCACCAAAACCCGUCGGCCUUCUUCAACCUCGGAGUGCUUCUUUCACUCAUCAUGGUCAAAAUUGCUCGCAGAUUCCCAAGCUUCGCGUUGCGUGUUCACCCGGACUCAACGGUCAACGGACUAUACAUCCUUUACCUCAUGUAACGUUAUUCGACCUCGCUUCGCUAUCAGCCGCCGACACGACAUCAGCAAGUGGAUACAAGGUUCCCCUCCCAGUUCCAGACUUCGCCUCGUUCGAUUCCGUUCAUCGUCUCGCCGGCCUGCAUCGUCAACUGUUUGCUCAUCUGAUGUUUAGUGCCACUUCGUCUGUCUCCCUCUACUUUCCUAGGCGACAAUCUUCCCUUUCCCAUCCCUUGCUCCACUGUGUCCGGCUUGAUUUCUUGACUAUGGUAAGCGGCCUCGUAGGAGGCGUCAUGGCUUUGCGCGUUUGCCGGAACAUUGCAUAUAGUAGCAAGAAUAUCCUCAAAAUCUUAGCGCUCGACACUCAUCCCACUCCCCGCCGACAUUCGUCGUGGUCGUCUCUUUCCUCAAUCUGA